AGCUGCUCUGCCUCCAAGAACCCCAGCCAACGCCCUAUCAAAAUGUUCAAACUGUUCGUUUUCCUUACGCUUUGCCUGGCCCUCGCCUGCGCCGCUCCGGGCCUGCUGCACUCGUCCUCGCCCAUCCUGACCACCUCGUACCACAGUCUGCCCUCGGUGCGGGUGAUCAGCAGCCCCAUUUGGACCCACUCCCACAGCAUUGUGCGCCCCCUGAGCUACGGCUAUGGCCAUGGCUGGAUCUGAGGAUCUGAAGGGAUCGUCAGGCAGCCGACAGACAGCCG